GUUAGUUCGCAGGGUGGCAUCAAAGAAUAUUCUUUAAGUGGCGUAUCAAACUAUCAGUGAAGGAAUUGUUAGGAUUCAAUUUACAAUAAACUUAUGUACAUACGUGUAUAUAUUUUAAUAUUAAUACGUGCUAAUUAUAUUUGUUAAACUGCAACUGUAUUGUCCUGAUAUUUGCUGAAGAAGCAGGGUUAGUUAUUUGACAUUGGGAAUAAUGUUUUUUCAGGUCAACAUUACCCCAAAGGAAAAGAAGGUGCUUGAGAAGCCUGCAACUUGUUCACAAAUAGAAACAGAAUAUACUUUGUUGCUUGCACCGUUUCAACCACAAAUAAGAAUAAAAUUAGAAACUAAUGUUAAUAUAAAAGCACAAUGUAGUUUAAUUGUAAGAAAUACCAGCAAGCGACGCUUAACUGCAAAAAUAACCAAGACUCCUCCAUCUGAAAGAAAUUUAUCUUUAAAUGCUAAUGAAUUGACAAUUGAAGCAGAUAGUUUUGUUAUAUUGAAUAUAUCUUGGAUACCAAGAGAAAGUGGUUCCUGGCAUGAUAUCAUUCAACUAACCGAUAACAGACGAAUCAAAUAUGAUGUUGCUAUUGUCACAAGUGCCAUAAAUUAUAAAAAAUUAAAAGGAAGAGGUAAAAUUAAAAAAGAUAAUAUGGCAUGUCUUAAAGGAAAUGGUCUUCCGACAACAUAUUCUAAACGAAGUACAGAUCAAUCGGAUGGUGGUAUUUAUCCACCAAGUAAAAAAAUAUGCCCUGAUUCAAUUAGAAAUGAACAAAACAAAGAAAAUAUAUGUAGCAAUGUCAUUAAAAAUGGACCUUUUGACACACCUCAACAAAAAGACACGUGUCUACUUGAAAAUUCCCAUAAUUUUUCUACUAUCCUUAAGUCUGACACGUUCAGCUUGACACCCUGUUUUUCUUCAACAUUUACCAAUUCUAAGCCAUUCAGUGUGCAAGAAAAGGUUCCUGAUUUUGAAUUUCCUUCUGAUUCAAUAACCAUACCUUUACCAACAAACAUGAAUGAAAAAAAAUUACGAAGAGUGACCUAUUUAACGGUACCACAAAUUUGUACAGACUGUACAUCCACUGAAGUUAAGGAGAAUAAUGAGGAAUUUGAAGACUCACUGUCACCACGUACUGAAGAAAAUGCCAAAUCUGAUUUUUCUUUGAUUAAUAAUAUUAAUUUUACUUCCAUGGAACCACUGACAGUCCACAAAGAAAAUAAUAGAUUUUCUUCACACCAAUGCUUACUAGAACUAAAGCAAGAAUUGAGCAAAAGCAGACUGUCAGUUGCCGAAUCAUGCACAUCAUCUCCAUGUGGAAAUAAUACUUUUGACAUUAGUUCCACUAAGUCUGUUAGUGAAUUCGUUAAUAUGGAAAACAAUGGAACUUUUGAAAUAUGUACCUCACCAAGACGAAUGUCAGAUUUCGACAACGUAAGACCUAAACGACUUACAAGUUCUUUUGGAGUUUUAUCUCCUGUGAUGCCUGUUAUUGAUCAAUGUCAAGUAGAGUUGACUGCUUCUUCGCCAAUACCUUUUGAUCGUAAUUAUACAUCCCCUAUCUUACAACAGAAAGAUCUUUUCCAUUUACCAUUGAAGAAACCAGAUUCAAGCACAGCUCAAGAAGUCCUAGAAGCUAAUCUGUGGGUGAAACCUGAAAAUGACUUGCACGCUACUGAAUUGAAAACCAAGCUACAUGAACUCAGUACGAUAUCAGAAGAGCAACAGUUCCCAACUAACACAACGUUUACAAAAGAUCUAAGUAACAAUGAAAGUAUUAAAAGGUUCAAGAAGACGUCAACAAGUCAAUGUUUAGAAAUAUCACCACCAAGAAAGCUUAUAGGAAAAAAUUCACCAAUUAUACGAACAUCUCCAAAAAACUAUAAUAAAAUAAGAAAGGACAGAAGUUUCCAAGAAUGCACAAAUCUCAAGAAGAAGAUUCAAUUCAAAUCAUCCAUUAAAGGUUACAGUAAUAUAACAAUACCUGGAGUUAAGAUUGCUAAACUGUCUCUGGCAGAUUUGGGUAAACGGAAGAGUCAAAUCAAGACAAACAAAAGUCUUUGUGAGAAAGUAAGCAUUAAACUGCACGAUCCUGAUGACUUUCUCACUAGUCUUUGCAACCCUGAUCCAUUUGCGGCAACAACAACGGAAGAUCCUUUCCUUGCCAGUACUCUAUAUUAUGAUGAAGUGUGGAUACACAACCAAGAAAUGGAAUUUAAGAAAUGGUUGAAUGCUUUGCUAUCUCCACCGGAAUGUUUAUCUAUCGAUGUAGAGUCUACUUGUAUAGAUGUUGGAAAAGUAUGGCAAUCUUGUCGAUCAAAGGAGGAUAUAACUUUAGCUGAGACAAGGGAAGUUGUUUCGGCAAGAUAUCAUACAAAUACAAGAUUGAAUACUCUACGAAAAGCAGCAUGUGCCAUGUUUCGCAGUAAAGAAAUUGUAACGGUCCUAUCACGUGUGACCGUAUGCAUUGAAAGAGGAAACCUUGUUAUUAGACAAGAUCGUGACUUACACCGAGAUAUAGGUUUGCAAAAAGAAGUGCUCGAACUUUUUCUGAGUUAUAAUCCAUUAUGGUUAAGAAUUGGAUUAGAAACAAUCUAUGGUGAAACUAUUCCAUUGCAUUCAAAUAACGAUUUGGUUGGUCUAACAAGGUUCUUGCUUGCCAGGUUCUUCUCCGAUCCAUAUUUAGCAAAGACACAUUCACAUCCUUCGGUGAUAAAUCUCAAAUUGGCAACAUUUUUGCCCCUUCUAAACAAACAUAUCUUAAAAAAGUUCCUCUUUGUGGUUUACUUUUUGGAUUGUGCCAAAAGGAAUAAGCUAAUUGGUCAUGACCCGUGUCUGUUUCAUAAGCGAGCAAUUCACAAGGAAAGUCGUUCUAUUCUGUUGACCUUUGCCAGAGAAAUUUUAGGUGGUAUUGGAGAUAUAACUAAAGUCUUACGACCCUAUGGUUACAUUGUGUCUCACAAACAAACCUAUUUGGAUGAAUAUGACUACGCCGUAGUUGAUCUUGCUGUAGAUCUUCGAGAUGGAGUUAGACUUUGUCGAGUUAUGGAAUUAAUUACAGGCCAACGGAACCUGACCAGUCGCUGUAGAGUGCCUGCUAUAUCGCGUCUCCAAAAGGUCCACAAUGUAGAUGUUGCUUUGACAGAACUCAUUCGAGCUGGUUAUACUCUUACAGGUGACAUCGAUGCAAAGAGUGUAGCCGAUGGUCAUAGAGAAAAAACAUUAUCUUUACUCUGGCAAAUUAUAUACAAGUUCCAGAAACCUUUGUUUAACAAAGCUGCAAGUUGUGUUCAGCGAUGGUGGCGGUCCAGACUAUGGUAUGUGCGCAUAAAACAUUUCCUGAAAACUCGUCAAGACAAUGCAGCUAGUGUCAUUCAACGUGCUUGGAAAUGCUAUCUUGCACGAAAAGAACUAAAUCGCCUGAAGGAAGCAUAUAUUGCAGAACAACUUAAAAAAGACACGAAUGCUAGGAUAAUACAGUCAUAUUGGAUCCGUACAAGACAAAUGCUGGCAAUCCGCAAACAAUUCUUAUUGAUAAAGUUAUCGGUAUUAUUAAUUCAGUCAUGGUGGAGAAAUAGACGGGCCGUAAAACCUUUUGUAAAUGAAUUCCAUAGAAAGCAAAAUGCAGCAAUUAUUCUCCAACGGCGAUACAGAGCACAACAAUUGAUGAAGAAACAAAGAGCUGCUCAUAUUGAACAGAAAACAGCUGCCUUAAAGAUUCAAUCUUGGUGGAAAGCAGUGUCAUUAGGAAAAAGAGUAUUAAUGGAAUAUCAGAAUCUUAGAAACGCAGUGUUAUUUAUUCAAGCAAAAUUCCGAGCAACCCAAGCAAUGAAGGUAGAUCAUCAAAAAUUUCAGCAAAUAGUCAAAGCUACUCGUACAAUUCAGAUUUGGUGGAAGAGAGUUUUAGCUCUAAAACGAGACCGGAAUAACUUUUUAAUCAUGAAAUAUGCAGUUUAUACGAUUGAAAUGUGGUGGCUAGAAAAGAAUAGAGUCAGUGAGGAAAGAAAAACUUUUCUAGCAUUAAGAAGUAGUGUUGUCAUUAUACAAAGAAGUUGGCGGAAACAUCACGCCACAAAAAAGGACAGAUUAUACUUAAACACUUGCAAGAAUGCAUGUCAAACAAUUCAAACCUGGUGGCAAAUGAUAAGCAUAGCUCGAAAGUACCAGCUUCAAAGACGUAACUGUUUAAUAGUCCAACGUUGGUGGAGAAAUAUCACUUUAACAAGGUCAAUUCGAGUUUCAUUCCUAUCAACAAAGCGUGCUGCGAUAACGGUUCAAAAAAAUUGGAAGAUGAAAAAAGCCAGAAGAGCUUACUUAGAGAAGAAACAUGCAGUGCUCAAAAUUGAGAAAUGGUAUUCGAACAUACUUGUCUGUAAACCAUAUCGAAACGAUUUCCUAAACUCUCAAAUUGCAGUACGAACAAUUCAAUCAUGGUGGCGUAAUAUACAGAUGACAAAAAUGCAUCGACUCUCAUAUUUGAAACAUCGAGAAAUAAUUAGUAAUAUCCAGAUUCGUUGGCGUGGUAAAAUUCUUACAAGAACCAUAAGAAAUAAUUAUCUGGCACAAAGAGCUGCAGCUCAAAAAAUUCAAGCUUGGUGGAGAAUGAUCUUGACAAAAAGAUUAUAUCGCACGUUAUUAGCGAAACAUAAGGCAGCAACAAUUUUGCAAUCUAAGUGGAGAGUCACCUUAGCCAUGAGAAACGAGAGAAACAAUUAUCUAGAAUUAAAGUCGAAAGCAAUCUUCCUGCAAAGAAAGUGGAGGGCGAUUAUUCUUGGCCGUAGAAGCAGGGAAGAAUAUUGUAAAUCAAGAGAGGCAGCUAUUAUUAUUCAAAAACAUUGGAAAGGAUAUGUCAAACUUAAGAAAUACAAACGAAAGAAGCACGCUGUGAAUGUCAUCUUGGCUUGGUGGAGAAAAUUGAUUAGAAGGCGAGCAGCAACAAUAAUUCAGUCAGCCUGGAGAACAUAUGUAACAGGAAAAGCAGUCCGGAAAUAUUAUCAUUCAUUGAGAUCAGCUGCCAUUUUCGUACAACGGCAGUACAGAUUAAAAAGAUUAACCAAAAACGAAAAGGAGAGGUAUAUUACUUUCCGUGAAACUGUUAUUUAUAUGCAACGUACAUGGCGUAAUAAACAAGAAGGACGAAAGCUGAAACUAACAUUCUUAAAGCAGAAAGAGUCUGCCAUCAAAAUUCAACGCUGGUGGAGAUUGAUACUUUUAGUAAGACAACUUCGUAAUAGAUUUAUUCAUCACAGAGCAGCUGCGAUAGUGAUACAACGUUAUUAUCGAAUGCACAUUGAAAUUGUGAAUGCCAAACAACAGUUGAAGAAUACUAUACUUGCUGUGAUAAAGAUUCAAAAGUGGUGGAAAAAAGUUCUGCAAGAACGGAAGCACAAGCAGUGGGUUUCAAUCCGUAAAUGUGCAGUGUUUGUUAUUGAAAAGUGGUGGAUCAGUAUUUUAAUUAAGAGACAAAUAGAAAAGAAGAAAGAAUUAAAGUUACAGAAAAGAACUGAUGCAGCGACACUAAUCCAAUCAAUUUGGAGAGGACAUAAAGUCCGACAGUCUCAGGGGGCCAAAAUGACGCAAGUACGAAAAAGGUGUGAAAAGGCAACAAAGGCUGCAUUGCCAUCGGAAACCUUACACCAACGAUUACAGUUUGCCAUUGCCACGUUCCAAAAAUACACCAGCCUUGGUGCACUAUCCAUGUGCUUAUGUUCAUUAGAUACGAUAACAAGGAUAUCUCCAGGAGGUUGUAUAGGAGUAUGUGAACACGAUCUAAUUGAUAAGGUUUAUGGUACUUUAGUUCUGUCAAAUAGAUCACUACCAUGGAUGGAAGUUUGUAUAACAGCUGCUAGUAUCCUAUUAAACGUUGCGAAAUUUUCACGAACAAGAAUCUAUGUUUCCAAGGUAGAAUAUGCAGAGACAAUAGCUCGAUUGAUGACAAUUACUAUUGAACAGCAAUCAGAAUUAUUUUUGCACUUAGCGACUUUAUUAUGGAUUUUAGCUGAAAAUCCUGACUACUGUAACGCUGUAAGAAGCUGCACUCGUACAACUUGGCUAUUAAGAUCGUUGGAUAACGUUGUUAAGAAGAAAAAGGUGAAAAAAUUGGUAGAAAGCUCAAAGCAGAAAGAACAAACGUUACUACUUCCAAGCACCAAACCGGAUUGGGGAAUGAAACAGAAACAACCACGUUUAUUCAGUAACCCUCAGCAUGCCGUCAGUACUGUUCUCAACAAACUGAAAAUCAACGUCGUGUCAUAGCAAAAAGAAAACAUUGCAAGGGUUGUUCUGAGUUGAGAAAAUAAGGAUUUUUAAAAUAAAGUGAUUAUACGGUGUUCGCAGAGCCGAUAAGUGACGCAUACUUCCCGGAUGUAAUGUUGAAAUUUACAGUUCAAUAAGAUUAAUUAGAAACUAUAUUUUAAUUUCUACCGUACGGAAACAAAAACAGUUAUAUAUUUCAUGCAGGCGGUAAAGCAGGGAUUUUCAAAAGGUCUAAAAGGAAUAUUUGCGAAGAAAAAGCGAAAUGAAAGAAAUUACGUAAAUGUGACAAUAGCCGCCAACCUUAUCUUGUUUCUUCCUACAAAAUUAGAACGAUUUAAAAUGAUGUACGAAUAUAUUUAAUUUGUGACAAUUACGAACGUGUACUGGUUGACCAAAAUCACAUGUCUUACUGCUAGUUAACGUACAUAAUGGUGUUUAAUCCAAUAUUUUUAUUCGCGUAACAUUCAAACAUAUGCAUGUAUAUAACUUAUAUUUGAAUACAAUAAAUUUCUUUAAAUACACCAGAACAUAAAGAAAGUACAUUUUAAGUGAAGUUGGAUCAUCUAGUGUGCCAGAGUGUACAAUAUUUUAAUGUUUUGACGUUAAUCUGUAAGAUAUGACAUGACUAACGUGACAUUCUAUUUGUUCGAAAAUAUUUGUCUUAUUGAAUGUUUAAUAAUAAUUGUAUACAUGAGUAUCAAAACCACUAAGUUCAUAUAAUACCUUUUUUAAGAACAAAUUCCCGGUUCCUCGCCCGGAAAAUACUGUAACUUUGUCUCUCUGUUUUUUAAUCUUAAAACUACCACACAUGUUCUGUGCAAUAUAUCUUUAUUUUAUUCUUAAAAAUGUACUUUCUUAUGUGAAUAAACAAUACUUAUUGCGUUUGUAUGAACAUAACGAAAGAAUUUGCUGAACUAUUUGAUUGUAGUAUUUUUUUAUAAAGAGAUUGUUAAUGUUUAGACGUGCGACACCAUUGUAAGCCAAAAAUAUCGCGGAAUAUUAAAAAUUGAUAUGUAAAUUUUGUAAGAUUUUAACAUAUUCUUCAAAAGUUGUGUAAUAAAUAUAUAAUUAUUUUUACGCUA